UAGUACUAUAAACAAAUCUAUUUGUCUAGACAUCCAAACAACAUACAUUUGACCCUACGCCAAACACACCAACCAUGAACUCCUUAUCUCUCCUUUCCCGUCCACCACUCUCCUCCGCCAUCCGCCGCCACAACACCACCGUCACCUUCACCGCCCCACGACGUCUCACCAUCAAAGCCUUCUCAGCCCAGACCCCAGUCCAACCAUUAACCCAAGACGACCUCAAAAAACUCGCCGCAGACAAAGCCGUCGAAUACGUCUCUUCCGGCAUGGUCGUCGGUCUAGGCACCGGCUCCACCGCCGCCUUUGUGGUCUCCAAAAUCGGCGAGUUAAUAUCAAAAGGUGAAUUAAAAGAUAUAAUAGGAAUACCCACUUCAAAAAGAACAUAUGAACAAGCUUUAUCAUUAGGUAUCCCUUUAUCUAUAUUAGACGACCAUCCUAAAUUAGAUCUUGCAAUUGACGGCGCCGACGAAGUUGACCCAGAUUUAAAUCUGGUCAAAGGUCGCGGCGGCGCAUUACUUCGUGAAAAAAUGGUAGAAGCCGCUUCUGAUAAGUUCGUUGUAGUGGUUGAUGAUUCGAAACUCGUAUCGGGUUUAGGGGGAAGUGGGUUGGCAAUGCCUGUAGAAGUUGUACAAUUUUGUUGGAAAUAUAAUUUAAUUAGACUUAAGGAAUUGUUUAAAGAAGAAGGGUGUGAUGCUAAAUUAAGAUUAGGUGAUGAUGGAAAGCCUUAUGUUACUGAUAAUAUGAAUUAUAUUGUUGAUUUGUAUUAUAAGACGCCUAUUAAAGACGCUUGGGCCGCGGGUAAAGAGAUUUCGUCGUUUGAAGGUGUCGUUGAACACGGAUUGUUUUUGGAUAUGACUACUGCUGUUAUUAUUGCCGGUAAAGAUGGUGUUAGUGUCAAGAGUAAGUAAGUGAUGUAAUUUGAUACAAUGUUGGGAGAUUGUGUCAUGUUUUUUUUUUUUUUUUUUGUUAUGUUGUUAAUGUAUCUUGACUAUAAAUUCACAAUUUGUGUAUUUAGAUUUUGUUUAUGUUUUGGAAUAAGAGCAAAGUAAUACGUUGUUGUGAUGAAAA